GAAGGGGGGAGUCAGUCGAGGACCCUGCGCCAGAAGCAGGGAAUGCUGGGCUAUGGGGCGGGGCUGCUCCCGCUCCUCCUCAGCCUGGGCUUCGUGGGAGCUUCCAAAUACCUGUACUCGGAAGUUGUUGUACCAAAAAUGCUUGAAACGCAAGCUGGCUUCAUCUCUACGAAAGAAGUGUCUUAUUUCAUUAGAAUUGAAGGAAACAACAGGAUUAUUCACCUUCAUCAAAAAUCCUUUAUAUUUCGGAAUAUGCCGAUCUACACUUUUGAUCCAAAAGGGAACCGUCAAGAAGAUCACCCGUAUAUUAAGGUGGACUGCUAUUACAGCGGAUCUGUGGAAGACACCCCUGACUCGGACGUUUCCCUGUCUACCUGUGCUGGGCUUUGGGGUUUCAUACAGAUUGGAAGUUUGAAGUAUGAAAUACACCCCAUCGAGAAUUCCCGUGGAUUUCAGCACUUUAUUUAUCGAACGGACCCAGAAGAGCAGGAACCAUGCAGAGGACGUCUCGAACAGCAAGAUGAGCUGACCAGCGAGGACAUACAGGGGAGGGGAGCUGAGGAGGUGCUGACAAGGAGCCCCGGCUGGGGGCUGCCUGGCACUGUGACAGAGUUUCCUGGACCAAAUGCACCAUCGAGGUACCUCGAAUACUUUGCGGUUUGUGACAGCUCCAUGUUUCAGAGGGAAAAGCAGAACGUGACCCGCGUGAUACAGACGGUGCUUCAGAUGCUGUUGAUCCUUCACAAUAUCUAUGAUGACGUCGGUCUUCACGUUGUCUUGACAGGGAUAGAGAUCUGGACCAGGCGGGAUUACCUGGCCGUCAGCGAAACGCUGGAUGCUUUCUACAACUAUGCUUCGACUGAACUCCGGCACCUUGUGCAUUUCGACCACGCCUCUUUGUUCAUGAUUAUGGGCGAAGACCAUCCUUUUGGAAAGUUGUGGCGAGAGCAUUCGUGCCUUGAGAACCGUCUCUCCGUUUCUGCUGUCCAGACCUCUCCUUCGUCAACAAGCGACGGGGUCUCGGCUGCCCAUCAGCUGGGCCAUGCCCUCGGCUUCGCCCACGAUGAUCUCCUGGCACAGAGAGGGCGAACGUGUGACUGCCGCUGCGGCUCCCAGCCGAGCCAUUGCCUCAUGCACUCCUCAGCAGCGGAGUGCCACAGACUAAGUAACUGCAGCAAAAAUGCAUAUUCUGCAUUCUUAGCCCGGCAAGGAAAAGAAUGUUUCCUGAACCUGCCCAAAGACCUGUCGGUGGCCAGGAUGUGCGGCAACGGCUUGGUGGAGAGCGGCGAAGACUGCGACUGUGGCACGGAUGAGGAGUGCCAGGAGGACGGCUGUUGCCUGAAGGACUGUCGAUGGAAACCAGGAGCCAGCUGCCAUUAUGGGGUCUGCUGCCAACACUGUGAGAUUGCCAAUGAAGGGAAACUGUGCAGAGAAGCUGCCACAGAGUGCGACCUCACCGAGUAUUGCACCGGGAAUUCUGCCACCUGCCCGGCCGAUGUGCAUAAGCAAGACGGGAUGCUGUGCGGGACCGGAGACCGCUGCUAUUUGGGGAAAUGCCUGGACCGCCAGCAACAUUGCCAGGUCCUCUUUGGAAAAGACGCACAGCCGGCUCCACCGAGUUGCUACCGGGGCGUGAACACGCGGGGUGAUCGCACGGGCAACUGCGGGAAGGCCAAGCCGGGAUACAAGAAAUGCCAGGAAGAGGAUGUCUUCUGCGGAAGGAUCCAGUGCGUUAACGUUAAAGAGAUCCCAAUCAUUUCCACCAGGCAAGGUGUGAUUCAGACGCCCAUCGACAACGUCUUGUGCCUGGGCACAGAGUUUCAUGAAGAGGAAGAGGCGUACGACGUCGGAGCCAUAAAAGACGGAUCAACGUGUGGAACGGACAAAAUAUGUGUAAACAGAUCCUGCGUCAGCCUGACAAUUCUGAACUAUGAUUGUGAUUUCUCAAAGUGUAACAACCACGGGGUGUGCAACAGUAACAGGAACUGCCACUGCACUUACGGGUGGGCACCCCCUGACUGCAGGAGCCGGGGGUUUGGGGGAAGUCUCGACAGCGGGCCCCCUCCAGAACGCGUCCAAUCCAAGAAACCCCUCAUGCUCAGUUCGAUGGUCGGGGUUGUCCUGCUUUUGGUGACUCUGAGUAUAAUGCUGAGGAAGCACAUAUACAGCUGGCUUAGAAUCGGAAAAGAAAGAUCUGUAGGAGUCCCGGAAGUUGUUUCAGAGAUGGAUUCUGCUCCAGAAAACUCCGAAUUGCCGAAGAGCUGAAGGUCUCCAGGCGGCUUCCUGUUCUGAUCCGAAGUCGGGCCCUUUCUUCAGCAGAAGGUCCCUGAAGAACAGGGAGGCGUCCGCCCCCCAUCCUGCUGCCUUUCCCCGAGUCGCCCUGCGGGCUCUCGGCCCCUCCUGGAUGUCUGCUGACCUUCUCUCGUCUCGUCACCGGCCUCCGAACCCCGGGCUCCCUCUCCGAAGCCUGGAAAGAGGUGUCACGGAUGUCCCUGGAGACCGAACCUGUCAGCUUCAAGAAGGAAAUAUAUACUGCACAUCCCACCCUACUGCGAUUUGUUUU